AUGUCUGAGGUCUAUGGUGGUGUGCCCAAGAAGGAGCAGCUGCCACUUGUUCGCGCCGGGGCACCAAUUCUGGUGGCGACCCCCGGGCGUCUGAACGACUUCCUGGAGUCCCGGCAGAUCUCUCUCCAAAGUGUGGGCUACCUCGUUUUCGACGAAGCGGACAGGAUGCUAGAUAUGGGCUUCAUGCUUACAACUGGGACGUCGGAGCUUCCAGAAGCUUUUGGAAUUGUGGACGCUAUGCAAGGGUUGCUCCGCAACAUGGACCUAGGCUUCGAGCCGCAAAUUCGAGAUAUCGUAAAGCAGCUCCCUCGCCGACGUCAAACGCUGAUGUUCAGUGCCACGUGGCCAGAGGAGGUCCAGGCUUUGGCCCACGACUUUCUGCAGGAGCCCAUCCAUAUCCAAGUCGGCGACCCAACAGCCUUGCAGGCCAACGAAGACAUCAGCCAGCAGGUCGUAGUCUUGACACCAGACCAAAAGGACGAGAUGCUACUCAAGGCCGUUCGCAGCACCCGGUCCCAAGAACGGGUCCUGGUCUUCGUAGCUAUGAA